AUGGCCCCCGCCCGCUGCCCCGCGCGGGCCUUGCUGCUCGCCUACGCCAGCCUGCUGGCCGCCGCCGUGGGCCUGGGCUCCCCAGAGCCCGGCGCGCCCUCGGGGAGCCGCGCCCGCGACGAGCCGCCGCCCGGGAACGAACUGCCCGCGGGGCCGGCAGCCCGCCCGCCGGAGACCCCCGUGGAGCGAGCGCAUGGUCUCAUCGACCCCCGAGACACCUGGAUGCUCUUCGUCAGGCAGAGUGACAAGGGCGUCAACAGCAAGAGGGGGAGCAGGGGCAAGGCCAAGAAGCUGAAGCUUGGUCUGCCAGGACCCCCGGGGCCUCCCGGCCCCCAGGGCCCCCCAGGCCCCAUCACCCCACCUGAGGUCCUACUGAAGGAGUUCCAGCUGCUGCUGAAAGGCGCGGUGCGCACGCGGGAGUGCGCAGAGUCCGAGCCCGGCCCGCGCGUUCCCUCCGCGGUGCCGGCCGCGCGCCCGGAGGAUGACGAGGAGGCGGCGGCGGGGAGCGCGGGCGUGCGCGCAGCACCAGGCGGGAGGCGGGCGAGCUCUGGCUCGGCUCACGUCUGUUUUCCUUUUUCGUGCAUUAUUUAUUUCGACGACGCCGACGGCGCCUUCCGCCGCGGCCCAGGCCUGAACCUGACCAGCGGCCAGUACACGGCGCCCGUCGCCGGCUUCUACGCGCUCGCCGCCACGCUGCACGUGGCGCUAGCCGAGCCGCCGAGGCGGGGGCCGCCGCGCCCCCGGGAUCGCCUGCGUCUGCUCAUCUGCCUGGAGUCCCGGUGCCAGCACCAUGCCUCCCUGGAGGCCGUCAUGGGGCUGGAGAGCAGCAGUGAGCUCUUUACCAUCUCAGUCAAUGGCGUUCUGUACCUGCAGGCCGGGCAGUACGCCUCCGUCUUCCUGGACAACGCCAGCGGCUCCACCCUCACGGUGCGCGGCGGCUCCCACUUCAGCGCCGUCCUCCUUGGUGUGUGAGCGCCACACCGGAGUGUGAGCAACCCCAGGGGCACUGCUGGAGUGGCAGACACUGCAGGCAGGAGGGAGCCCGCUGGACUGCCCACCCUGGCCACCACAGCUGAAGCCAGAGAUGCCACUACAGGCAGCCCGCGGAGGCGACACGCACGCUGGUGGUCCUAGAACUCCGGAUGAUCCCGGGACGCCGUCUUUCCCAAGGAGGCAUUUCAGCAUGCCCAGGCGCGUGCGUUUUUGUUCCUCCCCGGCUGCAGACCUGGGCCCCUCCUGGCUGUCCCGGGCAGCUUGCCCAGGUGGCCUGAGUUCCAUGGCUGAGGUCUGGCCACACCUUUCCUGGGGCUCUCGUGGGCUGCCCG